AGGAAAUGUCAACUCGCGGAUCCAUUUUCCCUUCAUCUUCAUUGUGAAAUUGCGAAAUAGUCCUCCAUCAAUCUCCAAGAGAAAAUCCAAAAUAGGUUGAAUUUUAGCGUGAAAAUCCGCAUGAAAUUGCUAAAAAUCACCGCGAGAGUGUUUAUUGUGUUGUAAAGUAAGUAGAGUCAGCCCAAAAAGGUCAGGUUGAACACAUUAAAUUGCCUUUCUUUUUCCACACACUUCGCGAAAAUUUAUUACAAAAUGGAGCGUCGUCGUGCAACAAAAUACCCCUCAAGUUGCUUGGAUAGCUUGGAUAACUCCUCGGGGAAUGAGAGUAAUUAUGAUUCGCAACAAGAAACCGAGUCUAACUGUUCAGACGAUACGGAUUAUGCACCACCCACACAGAGGGCAAGACGAACGUUGGGUAAACGUUUGGGCAUGGCGGAGAAAGAAAAUGCCGUCCGGAAAGGAAAAGGGGCGGAGGUGAAGGUGAGUCGUCAGCCAACACGACGUCCGGAUCCGAAUGUCUUCAAUCGCAAUGCCCUGAUGGCGCGUGAGAAUCGCAAAAAGAAGAAGGAACUGAUGGAGCAGCUGGAGAGGGAAGUCAUUGAGCUGCGGGAGAAGUCAAAGAAGCUCCAUAGGAAUCUCUUUAAGCAGAGUGCAGUGAUUAAGAAUUUAAAGCAGGAACGGAAGUAUCUGCACAGUGUGAUUGCAAAUCAAACGGAAAUUGUGAAGCUGCUGAAAAGUCUCAAUUCCACCCGCAUCCCCAUUUCAUCGUCCAUUGAGCGAACAAGGAUGAGCAGCUGUGAGAAGACUCCACGGAGAAAUGGUUUCCCGAGUCCCGACAGCAGUACACCCUUCUUCGAAGGAGAUCCCGCAAAGAGUGAAGCAGCAGCAGUGGAAGAAGACGAUUGUGGUGAUGAUUGCUUCAAUAUGCAACUAUCGCCAUCGAGUGAGAUUGAGGAGUGGGACGAAAUGUACCCACUUGGCUUUGACACAAUUCCAGACCUACCGCUCGACGGGGAGCUCAGCGAUCCGGGAAACAGUGUAAGCAGAGUCAGUAUCAAUUCUGAACAUAAUUACUUCAAUCACCAUCUUGAUGACCAAAAUGCAGACAUAGGCAAGGGCGGUGUGUGCCUCCACGUUGCCAGUGGGAAGGUUUCACUUGAGUUCUGUGCUUCCUGCCAUGCCAAUGCCACCACAAACUGGAUGCAGGAUGACUAAAGAGCAGCAGCAGCACAACCACCAAUCAUCAGUAAUGUGAACAAUGUCUGUAUCAUUUUAUCCCCCAUUUAAACAUUUCUCACCGUACUAUAUAAAAACAAACAAUAAUCCAUGAAAUUAAUUAAUUUAUAAAGAAAAUAAGAAUUUAUAAAAGAGAUUUCUCUUUUGAAAUACAUUUAAAAAAAAUUAGCACUAACCAUAGCACAUAGAAACCUUAAGAAUUAAUUAUUAUUAUUACUUUUUUUGUAUUAGAAUGAUGAAUAUUGAAUUCUUUCCUUUACAAAAUGUCCAAGAAAAAUUAGAAAAACAAAUAAUUUAGGGAGUCUCCAAUAGAAUUUAAAACCUAAAUUAGUUCUUUCUUAAAUUAACAAGAGAAAUCAAAUUCUUUUUAAAAGGAAUUCUUUUUUUUUAAAUUAGAAAAGAAAUAUGUUGUGACUUCCAAAGAACUCUCUCACUACUGAAUUAUAUAUCUCCGUUCCAGGACGCAAAUUUGUGAUGGAUUGCAGCCACAUUGAACCCACAAUUGAGGCAAAUAAGAUCACGCGUUUUAUUGCUGAGGUGGGACAAUCAUAACACAAAUGAAGGAUUCUCAGCACUUUUUGCACCAAAGAAAAAAAAAUUAAUGAAAAUUUGCAAAAAACAAAGUGCAAAAAGACGCUGAAAAUCAAUUAUUUGUUGAAUUUGUUUUAAUCUUUUUUUUCUAUCUCUUUUUCAAUAAUUAUUGCAGAAUACCUGGCCAAAAUUGAUGGUAAGCAAACGAGGGGGGAAAAUGUGAAAUUUUCGAGGCCGUUUUAUUUGAGUGUCAUUUGAGUACCAGAUCAAUUUGGACCAGAAGUUACCAAAGUUGGAUAAGCUCCCUUCCGAACGAACUAAGUAUUUGAGCAUGGCAUUCUAAAAUUAAUGCAACACCUUUAAUGACAGAAGUUACACUCCGUGCUCUGAAAAGAAAAUUGAGGAAGAAAAGUCUAGUGGAAAAGCACAGGUUUUUGGAGCUUUGCUCAUGGACGAAAUGACAUUCUUGACAAUUGGAACUACAGGGGAAGAAAAGUACAAACUUACACAGAAAAUCCUUAUUUCUUUGUCCAGUGUGGAAUUCAAAAUUAUCUCAUUCACAUUUGAUGGACCAACAUCCAAAAUAGAACUUCUAGAACUGCUUACCUUCGAAACUCUACAGACACUCAGAUGGGUUAAGACAAAAUCAAAUGUUACUCACAAAAAGUUUUUUUUUAAGAAUAUCUUCCCCUCAUAUUAAAAAAAGUGAUUCAUUACCGAAAAUUUUGGCCAGUAUUUUGUGAUUUAAAAGUAAUUUAAUUUUGCAAUCAACGAAGCAUCAACAAUAAAAAUUAAAAAAAAAACAUAGAUGGUGUAUCUGCAAAAACUGCUAAUGCGAAUUUAUGAUUCCAGCAAAAAGAGUACUGAGCGGCCGACGUACGGGUUGAUGUGGGGGUUACCGCACCACCCCCAACUCACGUACAGUCCGCACAAAGGGCCACAGAGUGUGAUGAGAAGACCGCGCGCUUCGGCUGUGUGCAAAAAUUUGAAAGAAUUUCAUUGUAAAAAUGUGAAACUGUAUCGUUCCGAAGGGUUCAAA